CAACGGGUGCAAACGAUGAUUUUUGCAAUUGAAGAAAUAAACCAGAAUGUGAAUAUCCUCCCGGGGAUAACACUCGGGUAUCAGAUCCACGAUGACUGCUCAUCUUCCGCGAUCGCCUCGAAGGCAGCCCUCGCCUUGAUCAAUGGAGAAGAAGAAUCAUUUAAAUACCCUCAGUGCAGAGGUUCUUCCAACGUCGCUGCCAUUGUUGGCUGCGAAAUAUCUACAAAUUCCAUCGUAACCUCCAGGACAAUCAGCUCCUUCGGGAUUCCACUGGUUAGUUACUACUCCACCUGCUCCUGUCUCGGCGAUAAGACGGAAUAUCCUACGUUUUUUAGAACUAUACCUAGCGACCAGUACCAGUCCAAACUCAUUGCUGAACUGGUAAGAACCUUUGGCUGGACAUGGAUUGGAACCAUUAGAAGUAACACCGAUUAUGGUAAUUUCGGAAUGCAAGGAUUUGUGGAGCACGUGGAAAAGUUUGGGGUUUGCAUUGCCUACUCCGAGUCUUUUUACAGGACUGACCCUCCAGAGAAAAUUAGCCAAAUUGUCCAGGUGAUUAGUCAGGCGUCCACUAAAGUGGUUGUGGCCUUUGUUAACGUUGGUGAUAUGCGAAUUUUAUUGAAUGAAAUUGUGCGUCAAAAUGUCACCGGUGUACAAUGGAUUGGGAGUGAGGCGUGGGUUACAGCUGAUCUUCUCCUCCCAGAAGAAAGAGUAAUUUAUCUCACAGGAACAAUCGGCCUAACCACCCGAAGGACAGAAAUAGAUGAUCUCAGAGAUUAUCUUCAUAAAGUCCAUCCUUCGAACUUCCCUGGCAAUAUUUUAGUAACUGAGUUCUGGGAAACUUUAUUCAAAUGCUCUUUUACCACAGACAAUAGGACAAGCCCGGGAAACUCUACAGGUCAAGUUUGGCAAUGCACAGGGAAGGAGCAGAUCGCAGGGAUAGAAAAUGCCUACCUUCCUGCAGUAAUGGACGGGAGUUCAUACCACGUGUAUACAGCCGUCUACUCCAUCGCUCACGCACUCCACAAUCUGUUAACCUGUAUCGAAGGCGAAGGUCCCUUUGUGAAUAACACAUGCGCGAAUAUAUCAAAUUUCGAGCCAUGGCAGGUGGUCUAUGACCGUUUGAAGAGCAAUUACUCCCUAUUGCUUUUCCUACCCCCACUCCCCACAAAACCCCAAUAGUUACUGCACUACCUCCGCACAGUUAAUUUCACAGCGAAGACGGGAGAAGCCGUAUAUUUUGAUGAAAAUGGAGACCCAGUACCAAGAUACGAAUUCGUGAACUUACAAAGGACUUUCAAGGGAAACGUAGGCAUUGUAUAUGUCGGAUAUUAUGACGGAUCGGCUCCGCCAGGGCACGAAAUAAUGAUUAAUAUCAGGGAUAUCAUAUGGAGCACGACAGGGAAUAUGAUACCACAAGCAAUUUGUUCAGAGCCCUGCCGUCCUGGAACAAGAAAGGUCAGCCGGAAAGGACAGCCAAUAUGUUGCUUUGACUGUGCAGAGUGCACCGAUGGUGAAAUCAGCAACGUCACUGGUUCCACGGAUUGCAUCAAGUGCCCGUUGGAAUACUGGUCCAAUCAGGAAAAAAUCCAAUGUGUUCCCAAGAAAGUUGAGUUUCUUUCCUUUCGAGAUGUUCUGGGAUUUGUAUUACUGACGCUUGCUCUGGUGGGAAUCUUGUUUACAUUAGCCACAGCUGUGAUUUUCUACCGACACCGAGAAACACCCAUAGUCAAAGCGAACAACUCCGAACUCAGCUUCGUGCUUCUCUUUGCCCUUCUGCUUUGCUUCAUUUGCUCGCUUUCCUUCAUUGGACAUCCAUCGGACUGGUCUUGCAUGUUGCGCCGCACAGCUUUCGGAGUUGUGUUCGUUCUGUGUAUUUCCUGCAUUCUGGGCAAAACCAUCCUUGUCGUGGUUGCCUUUAAGGCAACUCUUCCCAACAGAAGCGUGAUGAAUUGGUUCGGACCCGGGCAGCAACGCCUGGGUGUCUUCGUACUUACAAUUUUGCAGGCUUCAGUUUGCAUUGUCUGGCUAAAUCUCUCACCUCCUUACCCCAUGAAAAACAUGAACCAUUACAGAGACAUCAUUAUUCUGGAAUGUGACGUUGGCUCAUUGAUCGCCUUUUACAUAGUAUCUGCCUAUAUUGCUCUGCUAUCCAUUGUCUGUUUAGUGCUUGCAUUCCUUGCACGGAAACUCCCAGACAGUUUCAACGACGCAAAAUACAUCUCCUUCAGCAUGCUGAUCUUUUGCGCUGUUUGGAUAACUUUUAUUCCGGCUUACGUGAGCUCUCCAGGAAAGUACACCGUGGCUGUAGAAGUGUUCGCUAUCUGGGCAUCGAGCUUCAGUCUGCUAGUCUGUAUGUUUGCACCGAAAUGUUACAUUAUUUUAAUGAAACCUGAUAAAAAUACAAAGAAACAUAUGAUGUCGAAAGAAAGAUCACUGUAA